AUGGCCACCGUAAUUGUCGACAAGCCGACCAGCGUCUCAGCAGUUCCCAUUCAUGCGUUCCCGCAGCCGAAGGCGCACGAGCACCCCCAGUGUGGGGUUAGCAGCAGAAGCAAAACGAGCAGCCAGCAGGACGUCGUGUUCUGGUCCUUCGUUGCUGGUGCGCUGACGGGGGGCAUGGAGGCCCUCAUCACGUACCCCAUAGAGUAUGUAAAGACCAACCUGCAGCUGCAGCAGCUGGUUCCCGCAUCAACGGCAUCGACAACAUCAACAGCAACGCCGCACGUGUACCACGGCAUUUGGGAUUGUGUGAACCGCACAGUCCAGCAGCACAGUCCACUGGGGCUCUAUCGCGGCUUUUUCCCUGUGCUUCUGGGCUCUAUCCCGAAGCAGGCGUCCCGCUGGGCUGCGUACGAAUGGGCAACUGACACCGUCAAAUCACUUAAGCGUGCUGGUGGUGCCCAGCAGCAGCAGCAGAAGGAUGUGACCCUCAGCCUGCUAAUGAUGAGCGCAUGUGGAUUCUUCGCCGGCUGUGUGGAGGCGGUGUGUGCGGUGGCGCCGACGGAGAGUGUGAAGACGCGCAUGAUUCACGACGCGAAGCAGCCGUGCCCGCGCUACAGCCCGUUAGGCACCGUUCGAGCGGUGCAGCUGAUGCUGCAAGAAAAUGGGGUGCGGCGCACCUUCUACAGCGGCGUCGGCACCACGAUGGUGAAGCAAGGUCUUAACCAGUCCCUCCGCUUCCCCGCGCAGAAGCUCUUCAUGGAUGCGCUGUGUUGCUGCUACCGCAGCACCAACGGCGGUGACCGGCACACUGCGCAGCAGGAGGAAGAGCGGUGGCGGCGGAGCCCGCUGUGGAACGGGGUAUCUGGUUUCUUCGCCGGUGUUUUCUCUGUCCUCGUUACGCAGCCGGUGGAUGUCGUUAAGACGCAGCUGCAGUCUGGUGCCGCACGGCAUGCCGGCUCACCGCACAUGAGCUGCAGCUGCUGCUAUCGCGCGAUAUACCGCCAGCGUGGGAUUUUUGGCUUCUACGCGGGCGCCAUUGCGCGAAGCGUGCACGUCGGCACGCACGUGGCGCUAACCUUUACCGUGUUUCCAGUCGCCAAGCGCGUGAUCCUCAGUAACGCCGGCACCAACGCCACCAAGUGA